AUGGCUCCUCUUGCGUUCUUUUUCUUGUUCCUUUCGCUAUCAUUUUCUUAUUCAGAAGCAGGAUCUAUCGGAAUCAACUACGGAAGAAUAGCGAAUAAUUUACCACCACCGUCGAAGGUGGUUGAGCUCUUGAAAACACAAGGUAUCAGCCGCGUGAAGCUCUACGACACAGAGUCCACCGUCCUCACCGCACUUUCAAACUCCGGCAUCAAAGUUGUCGUCGCCAUGCCAAACGAGCUUCUCUCCAACGCCGCCGCGGACCAAUCCUUCACCGACACAUGGAUCCAAACAAACAUCGUUAACUACUACCCCGCAACUCAAAUCGAAGCCAUUGCUGUUGGAAACGAAGUCUUCUUAGACCCCAAAAACACGACAAACUACCUUGUACCCGCUAUGAAAAACGUUCAAGCUUCCCUAGUAAAAAAGAAUCUCGACAAAGCUAUUAAAAUCUCUUCCCCGAUAGCAAUCUCCGCUUUACAAUCUUCUUACCCAACCUCAUCUGGUUCUUUCAAAACCGAACUAAUUGAACCGAUUAUUAAACCGAUGUUGGAGUUUCUUCAUCAAACCGGUUCUUCCUUAAUGGUUAACGCUUAUCCUUUCUUCGCUUACGCUGCUAACUCAGACACAAUUUCAUUAGAUUACGCUUUGUUUAAACAAAACCCUGGUGUAGUUGAUUCCGGUAACGGGUUAAAGUAUAGUAACCUUCUUGACGCUCAAAUUGACGCGGUUUAUGCUGCCAUGUCAGCACUUCACUACGACGACGUUGGAAUAACCGUUUCGGAAACGGGAUGGCCUUCGUUAGGUGACUCUAACGAGAUUGGAGCUGGUGAAGACAAUGCGGCGUCGUAUAAUGGAAAUUUAGUGAGGAGAGUUUUGAAUGGAAGUGGGACCCCUUUGAGACCAAAUGAACCGUUAGAUGUUUUCUUGUUUGCUCUGUUUAACGAGAAUCAGAAAACGGGUCCUACGUCGGAGAAAAACUAUGGGUUGUUUUACCCUAGUGAGGAAAAGGUUUAUGAUAUUCCGUUGACGAUGGCGGGGGUUAAUAAUAAUAAAACGUCGUCGGCGUCGGCGGGAGGGGGUGUUGGGAGGAGUGUGGUUCCGGUGAAAGGUGACGUGUCGGCGGUGGCGAAUCGUGGUGAGACGUGGUGUGUGGCGAAUGGUGGUUAUUCUGAGGAGAAACUGCAACACGCGCUUGAUUACGCAUGUGGGGAAGGUGGGGCUGAUUGUAGUCCGAUUCAACCGGGUGCCAUGUGUUAUAAUCCGAACACGUUGGAGGCGCAUGCUUCGUAUGCUUUCAAUAGUUUUUAUCAGAAGAAGUCACGUGGGAGUGGCACGUGCGACUUUGGUGGUGCUGGUUAUGUUGUUACUCAACCUCCUAGGUAUGGAACAUGCAAUUUUCCCACAGGAUAUUGA